AUGACAGAAAACGAUCAGAGUCUGUUAUUAAAAACUAAUAUUGCUACUUCUAAACCAAAUAACAAUACUACUUUUUAUGAAAGCUUUUCAAAAAAUAAUAAUGUUAAUAAUAAUACAAAUUAUGGUGAAUUAACAAUACCAACAGUAACAGAUGAAGAAAGUGAUGGUCUGGUAUUCAACGCUAACAAUAACCACAACCAAGAUAGUACUGCCGCAUUCACAAGAAUUAUCAACAAAAAUAAAACUCAUCCAUUUUCCUUAAAACGCAUUGUUAAAAUACUCACCUUGAUGAUCUUGGUACUUUUAUUUGUAUCCUUACUCUUUAUAGCAAUUGUAUUCAUAUAUCCUGCAUACAAGAGUAUAAACGACGGUAUCAAAAAUGGUAAAAAUAGCGAUAACAGUACCUCAACUGAUGAUGGUUUUCACAUAGAUGAAUACAUUUCUAACAGUACUGAUAUAAAGAUAAACAACAUGCAAUGGCACUUAGUCGAUAAAAUCAAAACUUUUGAAUUAGAAGUGAAUGCAAACCUAUCAUUCAAUUAUCAACAGUUACCUGAGGAAAUUAGUAAUAAAAACAGAACGGAUAAGUUGCUAUUAUUUGGGGCCAACUACUUGGUGAAGAAUGUUUGUCUUGAUGUUGAUGAUAUUAUUUUAUUUGAAAAAAGCCUGGACGUACAUCUCGGUGAAGUAAGAAUCAAUAAAACUCUUUGUUUUAGCGUUAAAAACAACGAUAUUACAACAUUAACUAUUCCAAUGGUUUUGAAACCUGACUGGAAAAAUCUUUUUAAAGUACUGAAGAAAAUAAGUAAUGGUGAACAGAACGAUUUGGAGAUAUGGAGUACUUUGAAUUUGAAUAUUUGGAAAAAUCUUUUCCUCAUACCAUUUAUUAACAAUAACAAAGAUAAUAGAAACAGGAACAGCAAUGCACUUUUUAAACUUCCAUUAUUGAAAAAUUUACGGAUAGAUUAUUUUGAUUGGUCAAAAUUUAUUCCAAAUAAUCAUACAAACGAUGAUACUAGACUAGGGGGGAAGUUGAUAGAUCUACUCAGACAUCAUGAAUUUUUAGAAAGUAGUAUACAGUUUGAUAACUUGGAACUUAGUCGUCUACCUGAUAAAGAUGUGCCUGGGUUUUUAAUGAAACUUGGAUUUAAUAUACCAUCGGAUAUUAUCUCGGAUAAUAUAACUAGCGGUGAUAAUGAUAUAUGGGGGAUAGCCAAUUCUGUGUUAGAUGGGAUGUGCUGGGCACCAGUUUUCCCCGAUUGUGAUGGCAACUUAACAAUUAAUCUAGAAAAUGAAGAUGAAAAUAGCAGUGAAUCAUUUUUUAAAAUCAGCUUUGAAACAGAACCUACAGAUUAUGACGCUACGGGUCCACGCGACGCCAAAGGAUUUAUUACUGGGCAAGUUAAGGGAAACUUGCCACCAAGUUUACUUUUAAAAGUAUGUGAUUCCAAUGAAGAAGACGUUAUAACACCAAUGUCGAAGUUAUUAGCGAAUAUCUUCAAUGCCACCGAGCCCUUGCAACUAGGUGUAUAUCCUUCACUUUCCCCGCACAAUGUUUUCCCAUUGAAUUUAAAUUUUUCCUUGAAUUCUUCGGAUAUUAUUGAAAACGUUGGAGUCUCCAAUAAUUUACGUAUAAUCAGAAAUCCCCCACCGGGAAAUGACAAAAAUAGAGGUCAAUAUUCUAUAACCGGGAAUGCUUUUGCUAAUGUUGCAAUUGGCUAUAUAAGUAAAGAUUUUGAAGUGAACAUUAGGAAACUAAAAGGCACAACACGUAUUUUUGAUACACAACACCAGCACUUUAUGAAUUUGAAUUUGAAUGUUUGGGAAGAUUGUACCACAAGACAAUUGGCUGACAAGCAUGAUGGAUUAGGUUUGAAAGUUGAAUUCCCAUUGGAUAAUAGUGAAAUUCAAAUAGUUAAUAAUAAAAUAUUUGGUAAAUGUUUACAAGAGUUGUUUAUACAUGGAGAAUUUCCUGUUUUAAUCGAAGGCAUUUUAGAUUUAAUGAUAGAAUGUGAGCAAUUGACUGACGGUCAAUUGAUUUUAACUGGUAUUCCUGGCGAAGGUAAGACCAAGAUUAAAAAUUGA